UACAGGGAAAGACAAGCAAAAGCCACACCACAUGGAUUUGUGGGUCCUCUAGAGUUGCGGGUAGACCCCACACUGUGCCUUGUAUGUGGAGAACAGAGAAUAUAAAUAGACAAGGCUACAAAUAAUAACUCUCAACUCCUCCUUCGUCCACAAUAUUCACCAGCUAACCUCAACUCAAGAGCUCCUGCUAGUGCUUCUCCCUUUUUUCUUUUCUUUUGUAUUCUAGACUGCGAGACAGAAGUGGAAACUAGAGAUUUACAGAGAAAUUAAGAGAGAUUAUUAUUCUUGUUAAUAGAGAAAAAUGGCAGUCAGCGGGGUGUCAUUUGGAUUUUUUGCCGCUCUUUCUAUUCUAUAUGCGUUUAUUAUGUUCCCUUUGGCUCAAUGCCAAUUCCCUGCUUCUGCUCCAUCACCCACAAGCGACGGCACCACAAUAGACCAAGGAAUAGCGUAUGUUCUAAUGCUAUUGGCAUUGGUGCUCACCUACCUCAUUCACCUCAUUCACUGAUUCAACAUUUUGAAGAACAGAACAUCGAUGUUAUAUUUGAUUUGGGGUCUAAUUUUCCACCAAUAAGUCUCAAAUGAUCAUAAGCCAAAAUUAUCUCAGAGAUUUUCAUAUUUGGACAACGCUUUGUAUUGUGUACUCUUGAUUAUUUUAUGUUCUCGAAUGAUCACAAUGAAGGAAAAAAAUUAUUAAGGAGUCGUGAAUUUGGUUAUCUUUUCUUAUUUAGAAAGGACAAAGCUUUAGAUGAAAGAAAAUGUUACCAUUGAAAAAUUGAUAAUUAAUAGAAAUUUAGUGGUAUUUACUUUCUUUA